UUUACAUAACUACUCUGUAGCUAUGUUCUUAUGACAAAUAAAGAACCUUGAACCUUGAUGACUUAACUUAAUGCUUGUAAUAUAUAAAUGCUCCAAAUACCAAAUCAUUAAAUUGCCAAGCCUAUAGAAUGGCAUGAAUAAAAAGGCCUACAAUUAAAUUAAGCAUGCAUGUCCUGCAUACAAUUAAAGCAUCACAUUCAUGUUUUAAGUAAAUUAUUUCAUUAGCAAACUGUUUUAAAUAAAGACAAACUCAUCUACCCCUGCGUAACUGCGUCACAGAGUCUCGCGUGUUUUUAAAUCCCCGGCGGGCUAACCCCUUUAGCAGCUGAAGGGUUAGCUCGGCGUCACAAGACAGAGGGCAGCGCCAGGAGCUAAACAUUAACCACACUGCUGCUUUUACUUGUCCAAAUAAGUUUUUCGUUGACAGAGAACAUGGCGACGACUGUGUGGUCCAAAGGACAGAUGUUGUUCGGGUAUUCCUCGAGGCUGCACCGAGCAACCAGGAGGUUUUCGGAGAGCGGAGACAAAGGCUGGUUCCGUUCCGUAUUUGCGCACAAACUGGAUGCCAGGAAAGAUGCCCACUCCAACUUGUUGUCAAAGAAAGAGACCAGCAACCUGUAUAAAAUUCAAUUUCACAACGUCAAACCAGAGUGCAUGGAAGCAUACAACAGUCUAGAGGCUGAGGUGCAAACCAGGCUCCAUCAGAACCAGGAUUACCCAUGUGAGGUGGUCGGAAGCUGGAAUACCUGGUAUGGAGAACAGGACCAAGCAGUGCAUCUAUGGCGAUACAGAGGAGGAUACCCGGCCUUGACUGAAUGCCUGAAGAAGCUGAACAAUGACAAGGCGUAUUUCGAGUUUCGCAAAGAGAGGGCAAAAAUGUUGAUUUCAAGGCGAAAUCAGCUCCUCCUGGAGUUCAGUUUCUGGAAUGAACCCGUGCCCAGACCCGGACCAAACAUCUAUGAAAUGCGAACAUAUUUUCUCAAGCCAGGAACCAUGAUUGAAUGGGGAAACCACUGGGCGAGGGCAAUCAUGCACAGACAGGAAAACAACGAAGCAAUCGGCGGCUUCUUCUCACAGAUCGGGGACCUAUAUGUCGUUCAUCAUUUGUGGGCGUAUGAAAGCCUCCAGUCCCGAGAGGACACCAGGAGCUCUGCCUGGCUAAAGGACGGAUGGGAUGCAAAUGUGUAUUAUACCGUGCCAUUGAUCAGAAGCAUGGAGUCUAGGAUAAUGAUCCCCACCAAAAGUUCACCCUUACAAUAAGAAGAUGGUGGAACCUGGGAGCAUGAACUAAAUCUCAUUCACCUACUGCCAGAGCAAAAUGCAAUAAUAAUAAUAAUACAUUUUAUUUAUCAGGUGCUCAAUUUGUCAGAUUGUUUUCAUCUGCUGGAUGAUCUGUAUUAAGUUCAAGUAUGUAAACUGAUUCAAUAAUUGCACAGCAGCCAGCCAGUUAUGCAAAGUAAUGGUGAAGAGUAGACUUUGAGGAUCCUGAAAUGCCCCCAGUUCAAGAAGUUUAGGUAAAAUAUGUAAAACACGACAAUACUGGCCCCAUUAUAAUACCACAUGGUAUUUCUUCCACUACUUGCAUGUAUGUUACGCUAUAGAUUGUGAAUUACAUUUCAAGUGAGGUGUGUAUCCUGCUUUUUGUUUUUAGGAUGAAUAAUGGUAAUGGGCCGUGUAUUUGUAUUUCACAAUAGUCUCCACCCAGGCUUUUAUGAUUGCACUUUUAUGACUGGAAAUGAAUCCUAGUGAAUGAGAUCACAAUGAGCUUCACAGCUGUUUGAUUGAAAAUAAAACUUGUCGAACCUCA